AUGAACGACACCGAUGGAAUAAGCAAUGAAGAUAAGAAAAUAUGUCACCAUAACUUAAGAAAAAACAGGAAGCCGCGAAGCUACGAUUUCGAAUACGUUGAUGAAUCGUUAAAUAGGCAGAAGGGGAAAAGACGGGGCCGAAAGAGAGGAAGGAAACCCAAAAAUGCUCUUAAUGUAAUUAACAAGAGCGUAGACACUACAAAUAUAGAUGAAAGGGUUAAGAGACCAUAUAUUAGAAAGAGAAGCAAAGAAUCAAAUGUGCACGAACAGGAAAACGUAGAAAAGGUUAAAAGUGAAGACUACAUUGUUCAAAAAAAUGAACAGGUGGAAGAUAAUAAACUUCUCAGCGUACCCGAGGUACGCCCCAAAGAAAAAAAAAGAAAAAAAAAAUUUAUCAUGGAUAAAAGUAUGCAACUACUUAAUUCAAAUAUUCCCCUCAGAAAUAGUAAUAUAAAGGUUGAUAGGAUAUGUGAAUAUCUGUCCUAUCAAACAAAAACCACAUGGAGGUACAUGGGGUCGACAGUUAAAUUUAGGCUUGUAAAUGAUCAGCAGGAAAAAUAUAUUUUUUUGAAAAAUAUGAAAAAGCACAUCAUAUUUGAAAUAAUUAAAAUUGCCAUGUUCGCUAUGCUCAGGGUUAAUCUGAAUGACAAUAAUAUUUACACUCUACACACGGAGGUGAAAAAGAGACCCCGUAAGGAGCACCCCAAUGAACGGUAUAAUACAUCCAGGGGCAAACGUUCCUCAGUGGACAGAACCGCAGAAGAUAACUACAUGGGCAUUGGCCUACAAUCUGGUGUGACAGAACACCACGAUAAUACCCCCCGCAGUAGUAACAGCCACAUACACUGCAGCUACUACUACUACGGCAAGCAUAGAUCAGGGAGUGGUGGUAGUGGUAAAGGGUUAAGGCGUAAUUCUAGCCAUGGUAGCGAAAGAGGACAGAUUCAUCAGCGAGAAACGGAUAACCAUGAGAGUUAUUAUAAGCAGAGGAGCGGAAGUAUUACUCAUGGAAGUGAAAAGAAUUUCAGGAAUUCAAUCCCCAGAGAAAGUGAAAUGGCACCCACCUGCACAUAUGGGCAUUAUGAUUUCAUGGAAUACAUCCAUAAAAGGUUACAAGAAAAAGAUGACAUACUAAACCAAGGCGUAACUGUAUCCGAAAUACUGGAUUUUGUAAAAGAAAAAUAUGAAAAGUAUUACGAAAAUGUUAAACAAUACAUUGUAACGACACUAAAUAUUUAUUGUGCUUUAAAUAUAUUCAAGCUGAUUAGAAGAGGCAGGUAUACCAUUUGUAGAUUCGAGCAUUUUAAUAUUUUUAAGGUGAAAUAUUUUAAAAAAUAUUUUAAGUUUUUUUAUACAUUAAAAGGGGAGGAAGAAAUUUUGAUGAACGUUAAAAAUUAUUUGAAAUCUUUUUACUAUAACAAGACGGCUCGGCAACUGCGGGCAAUGUCUUAUUGGAACGCGGUCAGGGCGUCCAGCUCCGUAAGGGGGCAUUGGGGGAGUUCUAAAGGAGGUACAAAUGAGGGCACACAUGGAGGGGCAAAGGAAAAGUGUAAGAUGAGCCCGCAAGCAACUCUUCCUUCGACUCCCCAGUCGAAAGAGAAGGAGAAUAUUCAGUCCGAAGUGUGCGCGCAAGACGAGACGAUAAAGGAAGAGCAGAGCGAAAUGAACGAGGACUCUCAAGAAAAAAGUAAAAGUAUUAAACAUGAAAACGUAUCAGGAGAUAUUACCACCCCCAUCGAUAUUGUGGAGACCACAACGCUGGACAGAAGAAAUAGCAAAGUAUCAUCGUCCAGCAUAACAGGAAAGUUGGAACCUGAUGGAGAUAAAAAGGAUGCCGCGAUUAAUGCACCUUUGAAGGGAGAGAAGAAGAUUGGAAAAAACAAAAGCGGAGGGAAAAAUAAGCAAGAAGAACCCAAAACAAGAACAAAGCAGAGGAAAAGGAGAUGCAAAACGAAUGGCACUUUAGCAACAGCGCAGGAUGAAGAGAAAAUGAAAAAUGUUUUUAUCGACUUGAAUAAAAUUAAUAUAAAAUGUAUCAAUGUAGCAUAUGGCAUAAAACAUUUUUUCUGUUCCUACGAUACGAAAGAAACAAAUGAUGAAGAAUUUGAAAUUAUCAAGGUGCAAAAAAAAUACGACAUUUUGAGAGGUUCCAGCAUUGCAAAUAUGAAUUUAAGAUAUAAUUCUUUUAGUGGUUCCAAGAGGCUACAAAGUAGAAACGUGGUGAACUGCAACAAUGAUAACUACGGUUCCAUGGGCACCAAGAAUUUAUUACUAAGAACUGACAAUAGCAUGAAUAUUAAUGUGAACCUUAAUAAGGAUGAUGCAAUCUGCAAGCAACCUCAGUAUGGGAAGCAGAAGAAGCAAAAUUAUGAAGAUGAUGUAAUGAAGCAUGAAAAGUACAACACUGUUAAUUUUAACAUCAGUUAUAAAACAUUGAGAAAAAAAAUGAUUUGCAUUAGGCACUACGUGAGCAGCGCUAAAAAGGAAGAACGGUCGUAUAAAGCAAGGAAUGAACUGAAAGGAAAGGAUAAACUCCCCACCAUUUCGAAUGAUAGCUUGAUACAGACGUGCUCCAUAAAUUCGAACAUGUCCGUUGUCAGCGUGGAGGGAAUCUCCCCCAUGAAUUUGGAGAGCCACUGUUCCCAGUGA